AUGGAACCUCAAUUUCCAUUUCCAUUCGAACCAUAUGAAAUACAAAAGAAGUUUAUGGGUGAGCUGUACCGCACAAUACAUGACUGUAAAUUGGGUAUAUUUGAAAGUCCCACCGGUACAGGAAAAUCUUUAAGCAUUUGUUGUGGAGCUUUACAAUGGCUUAAGGAUAAUAACAGAACCAUACUUGAGGACAUAAAGAAACAAAUAGCAGAAUUAAAAGAAGCAAAUGACCUUAAACCAGAUGCUGUUGAUUGGCUCCAAGAAGAAUAUGCAAAGAUAAAAAAUAAUCAAGCUCUAGCCAGUUUACAAUUAAAAUUUGACAAACUACAAAAGCAAGAAAUUUAUUUUAAUGAAAUGAAAAAAAGAGUUGCAUCAUCAAAAGCUCAAGUUAAUAAAAUAGAUCAUUAUUUCAAGAUGAAUCAACCUAAAGAGGUAUCUGAGGGUGUACUUGAUGAUAAGGAAAAUGAGGAUGUGGACGAGCUGAUGAUUGAGGAAUUGGAAGAGAAGGAUGAUAAUGAAUCUGAACCUGAUGAACCAAGUGAAGAAAAUAGUGAUCCUAUAACUAAGAUAUACAUAAGCAGCCGAACUCACAGUCAGUUGUCACAAUUUGUUGGUGAAUUUAAAAGAACGGUUUUCAACAAUAAUAUCAGAGUGGUGACUCUGGCUUCUCGACAGCAUUAUUGUAUCAAUUCUGAUGUUAAUAAGUUAAAGAAUGUCAAUCUUAUUAAUGAAAGAUGCUUAGACAUGCAAAAGUCCAAACCAAAAGCAACAUUAGUGGACCCGGAGACUGGAAAAGCCUUGAAGAGAACGAAAACUAAAUCCUGUUCUGGUUGUCCAUACUACAACCAGGGUAAUAUAACCAAGUUAAAAGAGAGAUUAUUAGUGGAUAUUAUGGAUAUGGAAGAUCUGGUGAAAUGUGGCAAAGUUUUAAAGGCGUGUCCAUAUUAUGCUACAAGGAUGGCUUUAGAGGAUUCUGAGGUGGUUCUAAUAAGUCAUGCUGGUAUAGUGAGCAGUGGUGCUAGAUCUGGGAUAUCACUGAAACUGGAUAAGAACAUUUUAAUUCUGGACGAAGCCCAUGGGCUGACCGCUGCCCUGGAAAAUGCCCACUCAGCUCCCGUCUCUCUGAAGCAACUGCAAUCAGUGAAAACUUUCCUCAACUUCUACAUAGGCAAAUAUAGAGCAAAAUUGAGCAGCAAAAACCUAUUGUUAUUGAAUCAAAUAAGUUUCGUCGUUGGGAAAUUGCUAAAUACCGUGAAACUUGGUCCGGAAAAUGAUUUAGCUGCGAAAAUAUACACAUUAGAAGAUUUUGUAAUAAAAUCGGAAAUAGAUCAUUUAAACUUACGCCCCCUGGUGGACUUCUGUAGAACGUCGCGGUUAGCCCCAAAACUCCACGGCUUUUCAAUGAAGUACAGUCAGCAAGACCUCGAGGAACGCAAGGAAAGUACGGUGCCCACAGAAACGUCCGCCGGCAGCGGUCUCUACGCUAUACUUGAUUUUCUGGAAAUGCUCUGCGAGAGAAGCGAAAAUGGCCGAGUGCUGGUCCAGAGCGGGGAAACUGGACAACUCAAAUAUCUGCUUCUGAACCCGGCUGAGAGGUUCAAGGAUGUUGUACAGCAGUGUCGAUCUGUAAUCGUCGCCGGCGGCACUAUGGAGCCAGUGGGUGAAUUCAAAUCACUCUUAACCAACGACACGAUAGAGGAAAACAGAGUGAACAUAGUGAAAUGUGAACAUGUCGUGCCAGCUGAUAACGUGCUGGGUGUCUGUCUAUCACGAGGACCAGCUAACGUGGUAUUGAAUUUUUCGUAUGAAAACCGGAAUACGAAGGACUUGCAAGAUGAAGUGGGUCGUAUCCUAAGAAAUAUCUGCAGUGUCGUACCUGGCGGGGUUGUGUGCUUCCUGCCGUCUUACUCUUAUGAGAACUGCGUGUAUGAACAUUUAAAGAAGACAAACGUAAUCGAUGCUAUAUCUAAAAAGAAGGUAGUUUUACGCGAGCCGAAAUCUGCAUCAGAUGUCGAUCAGGUCCUGCGAAAAUUUGCUUCCGCAGUAAACUCAAGAAACUCAGAACGAAGUGGUGCGUUAUUGUUCAGCGUAGUGGGUGGCAAACUUAGCGAGGGACUCAAUUUUAGUGACGACCUCGGUCGCUGUGUGCUAGUUGUGGGUAUGCCUUACCCAAAUAUCAAAUCCCCGGAGCUCCAAGAGAAGAUGAAUUAUCUGAAUCGGGUGACGCCGGGUGCCGGGAGCUUGUAUUACGAGAAUUUAUGCAUGAAGGCUGUUAAUCAGUGUAUUGGCCGAGCAGUCCGCCAUGCUAAUGACUACGCAACCGUACUGCUUGUGGAUGAAAGAUAUUCCCGACCACAGACUAUAGCAGCUCUACCCUCAUUUAUUCAGAAAUCGUUGAUAUCCAACUGCAGUUUCGGACAGACAAUCAGCAGCAUAGGAAGAUUUUUCUCAAAGCAUAAAAAUAAGGUUUGA